GGAGGUACCUGGGCCGGGAGUGAUGUCAGCUCCCAGCUCGGUGUCUGCCCGGAUUCCUGACAUGGUGUAGGGCCCGGAGGGUGGGGACGGACGGCGGGAGCGGGACGGGGCCGGAUUCGGGUGCGCCAGCCCGUGGCGGGGCCAGAGCUGCGGGGGCUUCGAACUCCGGGCUCCGAACUCCGCGGGAACAGGAGCCAGAACUUUGGGAACUCGUGCCGGCGGCGCCCAGCCCAGUAUUGAAGAACUUUAUGGAUUGGUUUGCUGAUAAGCAUAGCAAGAUUUGAAGAGCUGAAGAAGAAAUCAGUGCUAAAUCUUAACUUUUUAAUUUAACCAGCAGCGCAGCAAGCACUUCUUGUGAAACUGUGUGAGCGAUUAUAGAGGGACAGAAAAUACUAAUUCUACUGGAGUGUUAUAGGAUCCAGAAAGUGACUUCUGUUUCCGGCGAAGCUGAAAAACAUCCAGGUUGGAAUUUGCCCUCCACAAAUAACAAAAUGAUGAGUGAUGCAAGUGACAUGUUGGCUGCGGCGCUGGAGCAGAUGGAUGGCAUUAUAGCAGGUUCUAAGGCCCUGGAAUAUUCCAAUGGGAUUUUUGAUUGCCAGUCCCCCACCUCCCCGUUCAUGGGAAGCUUGCGAGCCCUGCACCUUGUGGAAGACCUGCGUGGAUUGUUGGAGAUGAUGGAAGCAGAUGAGAAGGAAGGCCUGCGAUGUCAGAUCCCAGAUUCAACCGCAGAAACGCUCAUCGAGUGGCUUCAGAGUCAAAUGACAAAUGGACACCUACCUGGGAACGGAGAUGUGUAUCAAGAAAGGCUAGCGCGGUUAGAAAAUGAUAAAGAGUCCCUCGUCCUUCAGGUCAGUGUGUUGACAGACCAGGUGGAGGCGCAGGGAGAGAAGAUUCGAGAUUUGGAGUUUUGUCUUGAAGAGCACAGAGAGAAGUUGAAUGCCACCGAGGAGAUGCUGCAGCAGGAGCUUCUGAGUAGGACAUCCCUAGAAACUCAGAAGUUGGAUCUGAUGGCUGAGAUAUCUAACUUGAAGUUAAAACUGACGGCUGUGGAGAAGGACAGAUUGGAUUAUGAAGAUAGGUUCAGAGACACAGAGGGGCUGAUGCAGGAGAUCAAUGACUUGAGAUUAAGAAUCAGUGAAAUGGACAGUGAAAAGCUUCAGUAUGAAAAAAAACUGAAAUCAACCAAAUCCUUAAUGGCCAAACUUUCUAGCAUGAAAAUCAAGGUGGGUCAGAUGCAGUAUGAAAAGCAGCGGAUGGAACAAAAAUGGGAGUCCCUGAAGGAUGAACUGGCAUCUUUAAAAGAACAACUGGAAGAGAAAGAAUCUGAAGUGAAAAGGCUACAAGAAAAACUGUUUUGCAAGAUGAAAGGGGAAGGGAUAGAAAUUUUUGACCGAGAUGAAAAUUUUAAAAAGAAGCUCAAAGACAAAAAUAUUGAAGUACAAAAGAUGAAAAAGGCUGUGGAGUCUUUGAUGGCAGCAAAUGAAGAAAAGGAUCGGAAAAUAGAAGAUCUUCGACAGUGCCUGAACAGGUACAAGAAAAUGCAAGAUACAGUGUUACUGGCCCAAGGUAAAAAAGGCCAAGAGAGUGACUAUGAUGACCUGCCCACUUCCAGUUCCAUCUCCACUUUGCUGGAAGCACCGGGUUUUGGGGAACUGGAGAAAGGUCUAUCAUCCACACCAGUGAUGGGGUCUCCCACUCGUGACCCACUGAACACCAGUGUUCCCGAAGAGUUCCACACCAGCGUCUUGCAGGUUUCAACCCCUUCAUUAUUACCAGCAUCCAAAGGCUUGGAAACUCCCGAGAAAGCAAAAUUGCCUAAGUGUGAGACUUCAUUUGAGGAAAAUGAUGGAAAAAGAACCCUUGGCGCUGCUGUUGAAACCCAAAUGUCUGAUAGCCUUUCAACUUCAAGUCUGCAGAAGUCUAGCAGCCUGGGCAAUUUGAAGAAGGAGUCAUCAGAUGGGGAAAAGGAGUCUGUUCAGAAGCCUCCAGAGGAUAAAGCUCUAGUAGAAAGCAGCCCGUUUGGGACCCUCCCACCUAAACCUCCAGGGCACGAUGCCUGCAUGGAUGAGAACCCCUUUGGCACCCGAAAAGGCAGAUCUUCCUUUGGUCGUGGCUUCUUUAAAAUAAAAAGUAAUAAGAGGACAGCAAGUGCGCCGAACUUGGAUCGUAAACGAAGUGCCAGUGCACCCACCUUAGCUGAAACAGAAAAGGAGACAGCUGAGCACCUAGACCUGGCUGGUGUAUCUUCUCGGCCAAAAGAUUCACAGGGGAGCAGCCCCUUCCAGAUGUCCCCGUCAUCUCCAGAUUCCAAAAAGAAAUCCCGAGGCAUCAUGAAACUCUUUGGAAAACUUAGGAGAAGUCAGUCAACUACAUUCAACCCAGAUGACAUGUCUGAAACUGAAUUCAAACGAGGAGGGACGAGGGCAACUGCUGGGCCCCGAUUGGGUUGGUCUCGAGAUUUGGGACAAUCUAAUAGUGACUUGGAUAUGCCAUUUGCCAAAUGGACCAAGGAGCAGGUUUGCAAUUGGCUUGUGGAACAGGGCUUGGGGUCCUACCUGAAUUCUGGCAAGCACUGGAUUGCAUCUGGCCAAACCCUUUUGCAGGCUUCUCAACAAGAUCUGGAGAAGGAACUUGGAAUCAAGCAUUCACUUCAUCGAAAGAAACUCCAGCUGGCAUUGCAAGCUCUGGGAUCUGAAGAGGAAACCAAUCACGGAAAGCUGGACUUCAACUGGGUCACUAGAUGGUUGGAUGACAUUGGCCUCCCCCAGUACAAGACUCAGUUUGAUGAAGGCCGGGUAGAUGGUCGAAUGCUCCACUACAUGACCAUCGAUGACUUGCUGUCUUUGAAGGUCGUGAGUGUGCUGCAUCAUCUGAGCAUCAAAAGGGCCAUCCAGGUCCUGAGGAUCAACAACUUUGAACCCAACUGUCUACGGAGGCGGCCGUCUGAUGAGAACAGCAUCACCCCCUCAGAGGUGCAGCAGUGGACCAACCACCGGGUGAUGGAGUGGCUGCGUUCCGUGGACCUGGCAGAGUAUGCCCCCAAUCUCAGAGGCAGUGGUGUCCACGGUGGGCUCAUGGUUCUAGAGCCCCGUUUUAAUGUGGAAACAAUGGCUCAGCUGUUGAACAUCCCGCCCAGUAAGACCCUGUUGAGAAGACAUUUGGCCACUCAUUUCAACCUCCUGAUUGGUGCUGAGGCCCAACACCAGAAGCGUGAUGCCAUGGAGUUACCAGAUUAUGUUCUUUUAACAGCCACUGCCAAAGUGAAGCCAAAGAAACUCACCUUCAGCAAUUUUGGGAAUCUGAGAAAGAAGAAACAGGAAGAUGGGGAAGAAUAUGUUUGUCCAAUGGAGUUGGGACAGGCAUCAGGAAGUGUAUCUAAGAAAGGACCCAAAGCUGGCCUGGACAUGCGCCUGUAUGACGAAGAUGACUUGGACCGGUUAGAGCAGAUGGAAGAUUCCGAAGGGACAGUGAGGCAGAUAGGUGCGUUCUCGGAAGGCAUCAACAACCUCACGCACAUGUUAAAGGAAGAUGACAUGUUUAAAGAUUUCGCUGCCCGGUCCCCCAGCACCAGCAUUACUGACGAAGACUCAAAUGUUUGACCGCAGCACCUGGACGAGCAUGAGGAGCCCUUGGUCUCUUUCCACUUUGUUUCUACACUCACAGUACAUCCAGCAAGGAGCGGGUGGUGUAUGGUUUAUCAAUCUGCGUCUGCUCAUUUAGAAGUGGAACUGGAAAGCAGGGCAUCUGUGCCUAUUUUAAAGCUGCCACAGAAAGUGAGACACUGGUGAAUGAGAGUAUACUUGUUUCUCCUCUAUUUAAUGUAAAAAUCUGUGAUAUAUUCUAUUUAAAGUGUUGCAUCUACCGUGAGAGGACUUUACUGUAGUGUUUCCGGUCAUGUUCACAGUAUGGAGGGCUUGGGAGAGAGGGAACUCUCCGGUGGCUGAUUCUGUCACGUCUGUGUAGCCACCGCAGCCGAGCACAUGCUUUGAAAAUCGGAAUGUGGGAUCUCUUUAAGAUCCAGCGUGCCCUCUAAAUGCCAGCCAGCCACGCCUCCACUUGCCUCCUCGUGUCCUGUUUUUAUAUAUUUUUCUAAAUAUAUGUAUAUAUUUAGUACACAGAACAUAGAACUUUUAUUUUGUGACACACCUAAGGAAGAUGGUAAAA